CAAUACCCCACAAAAGUGUUGUUAUACUUUGUUUGACCUACAUGUAUACAUAGUCAGAUGAUACAUGUAAUUGUGUCCGAAGGGUUUGUUUUCCAAGUUACGAAUGUUAUGUGAUAAAUAGAAUCUUACAUUCGUGUCCAUGUAAUAUUGAAUAUAUUAAACACGUUCAAUAAAUUCAACAUGACAUGGACACGAAUGUAAGAUUCUAUUUAUAUGUCAUACUCUACACAGACCGGGAUGGUUUUAAUGCUGCAUUUGAUUUGCCGACUUAGGCAGCCAAAGUUAGCAUUUUACUGCACCAUUUAUUUUGUCGACUCAUUAGUGAUGUUGAGGUCAAUAUAACGACACCUUCAUGUGAUUGUCUAAAGUGUUCCAACACAUAUGUGUAGCAGUGUCAUUACUUAAUGACAGUAAUAUCUUUUACCUGAAAAGCUGGUUAUUUUUAAACUUGAUUCUUCAUUAAGAGCAGAGUAUUAAGUGCUGUGCUUUUACUAUACAGCGUAUCUAUAUACAUGUACACUUUGCUUUAAAUCAAAUGACACCUGUGCAAACCUGUUUGUCAAGGUUCAUGUGUCAAUCUUUUUUUGUGUAAGAUUGACCAUGGGUCAGUGCGCACCUGCGCUUCUGGGGUCGUUGUCACUCCCGUACAAGUUUAAGGCCGUAUCGGACGUGUUGUGUAAUUGUGCAGACUUAGUGCUUAUUAGUGAGCUGGGAAUUCUGAAUUGUGAGUACUUUAAUAAGAUCUUAGUGAUUGUAAAUUAUUUAUAUCACAUGUGAUAACAUUUUGAUAUAGUUCUGAUGUAAAUUAUAUUCUUUAUAAAUUAAUUGAAAUUGUCCAAUUCAAUUAAUACGGUUAUUUGAAAUUUGACUUUCCCGCCAUUUUGUGCUAUUCGUUAUUUUUAUCCACAAUGAUUUUGGUUAACUUGAUUAGUGGUCUACAUCAUGGUUAUAUUAAACAUUCUUGUUAACGUCCGAUACUGGUACAUCUUUAGUAAUUGUCAUUAUUUUAUUAUUUGUAGCAUUGUAUGCGCAAGAUUGGCUACUUGGUCACGUACUCACGUACGGGUUUGUCUCCCUGGAUUUAGACCCUCUUCGUCUAUGAAGAGGACAUCAACGAAAGAAGUCCCUGGGAAUUUCAACGAUACCUCUGGCCUAUUGAAUACUCCCCCCGGUGUUACAAACUAGCCGGUACAAUACACACAUUAAACUCAGUGGAGCGACAAUCCUUAUGUACGUGUAUGAAUGUAAACAGUGUGUUGACAAAAUCUAACUCACUGUGUUACUGUUUCACGAGUUACAUACAGGUAACCGUCUGCAUGUCCAUGAUGCAGGGAUUUUUACAAAAACGUUGUUAAAACUAAAACAGGAUUUAAAGUUGCUGGGCAGUGUUAAAUAAGUCAACUAUGGCGCAAAGGAAAGUCCUGCUGAGGCAGAAAAGAACGAACAAGAGGGAUCGUUGUAUUUCUAUGGGUGGUAAGAUUGAGCUGUACGAAUCAGAAGAUUUCCAAGGCAACAAACUACAGCUCGGAGACGACUGCACGUGCAUCCAGUUGAAAGGUUUGGAGGAUGUUCGUUCGGUCAAGGUCAUCGGCAAGGAUGUAUGGGGAUUUUAUAAAAACAAGGGUUUCCGAGAGCGCAGUUUUGAAUUGGAGGAAGGAGAUUACCCAAAUCUAAGUGCUAUAAAAGAAGAGCAUGACGUCAUCUCCUCUGUUAGACCGCUGUGGAUGGAGAUAUCGGAGAUAAAUUUCAUGCCCCAUGGUGACAAGUACCAUCAACAAUACGCCGCCCUUGCGGCCUGGUUUCUUGGACCUAAGGGAGAGAACAAAGAUAUAUUUACAGACUUAGCCAAAUCGGCUGUUGAGGCCCACAUAGACUUUCGGACGAACUACUAUCCGACAGACAAACCCUACAUCACUGACGACAUUAAGACAGCUCGGGCUUACAGGAACGAAGUCAAGGAACUGAAAAAUGAAUUAAUGAAGAUGACAGAAGAACUAAAAGAAACUACUCCAAACCACAGUCUGCGAUACGAGGGUCACAUGCUGUGGGACACCGCUAUGCCCGCUAACCUCGGCUACAUAGCCGCCCUACUGUACAACUCCAAUAACGUAACGAGGGAGGCCAGUCCGGUCACAACCGGCAUGGAAAUCCAGGUCGGGAAACAGAUAUGUGAAAUGCUCGGGUACAGCUUUGGGCAAAAACCAGAGCCAUGGGGCCACCUCACGUGCGGCGGAAGUGUAGCCAACAUUGAAGCCAUGUGGUCUGCUCGAAACGUCAAAUUCUAUCCGGUCGCAAUUAAAAAAGCUGUGACGUCAGAAGAAGCGUUAAAAGACGCGCUGAACUAUGAAGUGUUUGUACCGAGACUUGACGCAAAACAAAAGUUAACUGGAGUUUGUUCUUGGGACCUACUGAACCUCGAUAUAGAUGACAUUAUUCGUAUUCCAGAAGAUAUGUCGAAGUUGGGGAUUUCGAAUGACGUUCUCGCAGAUUGUUUGUCCAAGUACAGUUUACAGGCUUUGGGAUUUUUUAAAUUCGCACUUGUUCAUGGACUUACUGAGGCACCCGUCGUUGUAUCCCCGGCCUCCAAUCAUUACUCUUGGACAAAGGCAGCGACUCUACUGGGCAUUGGAUCCGAAAACCUGAUCUCCGUGAUGUUUGAUAGGAAUGCCCGGAUGAGUAUAGAUGAUUUAAGACAGAUCCUCAAUGGACUGCUGGAGAGACAGGUCCCCGUCAUAGCAGUUGUUGUAGUGAUCGGCACGACGGAACACGGGGCAGUUGACCCGCUCGCAAAGGUCAUCAACCUGCGCAAGGAGUUCCGGGAAAAGGGUUUGAACUUUUGUGUCUGCGCAGACGCAGCAUGGGGAGGCUAUUUCACGUCCAUGCUCCAUUCCAAGACCACAUCCCGUGCCACAUUGAUUAAGGAUCACGGUGGAUACAUACCAGUAUUUCCCCUCAGCCCCUACACCCGUAAGCAGCUUCUCCAUCUCAAGUACGCAGACACCAUCACACUGGACCCGCAUAAAUCUGGGUAUUGUCCAUAUCCGGCCGGAGGUCUAUGUUACAGAAAUGGCGCUAUGAGAGGAUUCGUUCAGAUCGCAGCUUCCGUUAUAUACCAGGACGAAGCGGAACCGGAUGUUGGCAUGUACGGGGUGGAGGGGUCUAAACCCGGAGCGGCCGCUGCCGGAGUUUUAUUGGCUCACAGGGUAAUCGGACUUGAUAUGUACGGCUAUGGACGGAUAUUGGGCCAAUGCAUGAUGGGAGCUAAACUGUUCUACUGCGCAUGGCUGACCAUAGCUAAUGACGACGACAAUUUCGUGUGCGUUCCGAUGAAGCCCCUUCCUAAUGAGGAAGACUCGGGGAUACCGAUGUUUUCCUUCAAGAAGGACCGAGCUCUUCAGGCGGCACGGAGGUUCAUUAACGAUAAAAUUAAGGGCAUAAGCAACGAGCACCUCAAAAAGGACAGCGACGUGAUGAAGUUCCUCAGUGAGAUUGGGCCCGAUGCACUCAUCAACGCCUUCGCCGUCAACAUCCGAGGAAAUACUGAUAUUGACGUCACCAACCAGCUUAACUCGACCCUGUUCGACAAACUCUCACACACGAGUGUUAGCAAGAAUGACGUCAAACGAGUACCUCUUAUUCUAACCAAGUCUGAACUGAAGCAUUCCGGAAAAGACAAGGCGGCAGCACAGUUUAAACGCAGACUCGGGCUACCCCCGGCCUGUGAAGGUGGGCUAGUCCAUCUCAUCAAUACAGUGAUGAACCCUUGGGUCGCCGAUCAGGAGAGCAUCCAGUCUCUGGUCAACUGUUUCCGGCAAGUCGUCAUAACAACGGUGGAAGAGAUGACAGAUGCCCCAGAAAAACAUAUUUUUAUUGUUGCCAGUCCUUUGAGUAAGGACAGCGGGGAAAUUUUCUGUGAUUUCUACCCGAACGAAUACAACGAGAAAGAGAGCAAUUACCAGGCAGUGCUCAAGUUUAAAGUGGACAGUCGAUUUAAACUCGAACUCCUCGAGCUGAUCGAACAACAAGUCGAACUAGCAUUAGGCGGAAGUGCUACAAAAGAAAUUAUUUUCCGGAACAAAGCGAAGACUACUCUAAGUGAUAUGUUAAGUAGUGGCCGACAGAGGGCGAUCGGAAUGGAUGUGUUUGUUGGCAUGGAGUCGACCACACCCGUCAUGACAAACCUACCUGUCACAAUUUCGGAUGUCCCCCUGUACCGGUACUUCGAGAAAGUAACCAAUGAUUACCCAACAUACAUGACGUACUUCCUGUUCGGCGACGAAAAUGGCGCUUACAUGACUCACCACAUCUCCGUCCGCCCGGAUUUCUACCAGCUUGUCCGUCUAGACCAGGUACCACACAGUAUAUCGCCAGCGCUCCUUCAGCAUGGAAUCCCGGUCCAUAUCUCCACAAUGACAGGAGACCCUCUCUACAUUGACGGAGAAAUCGUGGACCCACUACAGAUGACAGAAUACACCGUACAUCUGAUUGCAGAGGGAGGGACACAGAUCCGGUCUACAGUCAAAUUCAACAACAAACACGCCAAAAUAUUUUUCCUCCCACUUCGACCGGAAACGCUGACAGAAUCUCGGAACCUUGAAUACCGGUCAUCCGUCGAUAUAAACGGACAAGUGUGAAUAGCAACUGCCGAUUAGAAAAAACUGCAACUAAACAAAACUAACAAGGAAAUGUGUUUAAACAACUUCUGAUCAACAAAUUUCACUGACGGCCAUGUUUAAACCGUUUCACAUUCCACAUCGGACGCCAUUUGCAUGUGUAUAUAUUAAUGUAUAGUUCUGAAUAGUUUACAAUUUGAUCAAGAGCAACUAACAGAACAUAUUAAGAACACCCAAACAUUCACAAAGUAGUUAUAAACUGGAGAAGAGAGGCUCUGUAAGGAUGAAUUGGGGGAGAGAGGCUCUGUAAGGAUGAACUGGGGAAGAGAGACUCUGAGAGGAUGAACUGGGGAAGAGAGGCUCUGAGAGGAUGUUGCAUAUACUUGACAGUAGUGGAAACUAGACGCAAUGAUUCGACCAAGUGACUGAGUUACGACGCUUAACUGCACAUCAAGAUAGGCUUAUUGAGUUGAUCAUAUAAAGAAGAAAAAAGAUUGAUUUGUUGAUGGUAUGCCCUAAAAAUCUGACAAUGACCAAUACAAUGUCAAGUUAGGUGGCAUUUUCUUGACAUAUCUUAAUCAGAUAUGUUCAGCUAUAUACUUGGCUUCUUGCCAAUUGCGCUUGAUGCCCCUGUGAUAUUGUUUUAAUAUAAAUUAUUAUUUUUAAGUCACAGAGUAGUUAAUUCUGUAGGUGGACUAUCAGUCAUUGCGAGUGACUGUGACCUUAGAGCGUGUAUUUAUGCUGCCACAGUUUACUUGAAAUACUCGCUUCAGAAAAUCAUCAUUUGUAGCCAUAAGUUGUAAAUUUGUGAAACGUCAUAAUAUUUUGUGUAUGCACCUUUUCCCUUUUUGCUGUGUUUCUACACGUUUUGAAAUAUUGCAUACAACGAUGUUUUCAUGUUUAAGAAUUUCAGUUUCUGCGAUGAGUCCUAAAUAAACAAAAAACAAAAUAACCAUAUGUGGCAGAAAAUAAAUGUUGCUUAGUUUUCUGCAACGAAGGAAUAAAUGUUCAAGUAGAUGCUACAUGACUUCUUAUUUCUAGUGAUGUUUUUUUCAGUACCGACGUAUUGCUCGAUGUCAACCUAAUUGAAUUUCACAAAACAGGUUGGUGAUUUGCUACUUUCACAUAGGGUUCGCUUAUGUGGUUAACAGUUAAUGCUUAUUACUAAAUGCUUACCUGAGUGGCUGGUAUGUAAACGGCAAACUUGUGAGUAGCGGAUACUUAUAUGUUCAGUAUUUACACCAUUAGUGAUAUAAAAUUUGUUCAUAAUAUACAAAAAUGUGUUCAAUAGAUAUAAAUAUAUUGUUCACCAGUUACAUCCCCUUUAAAUAUAUACAUAUUUUGUUUAUUUAAUAUUCAGUAGACAUAUAUCUUGUUCAAACGACAUAGAUCUUGUUCAUUAUAUACAGAUCUUGUUCAAUAUAUACAGAUCUUGUUAGUUAAAUCUAGAUAAUAUUCAAUAAAUACAAACAAUGUUCAUUAUAUACAGAUCUUGUUAAUUAAAUCUAGAUAAUGUUCAAAAGAUACAAAUAUUGUUCAAUAUAUAUACAGAUCUUCUUUAAUUCAUAUAGAUCAUGUUUAAUAGAUACAGAUCUUGUUAAAUAGAUACAGGUAAUGUUCAAUAGAUACAGAUAAUGUUCAUUAUAUACAGAUCUUGUUUAAUUCAUAUAGAUCUUGUUAAUAGAUACAAAUCAUGUUUAAUAGAUACAGAUCUUGUUCGAUUGGUACAAAAUAGCUUUCUCUCGAAAGAAGUGGAUCUGAAAUUGUUUUAGCGAUCAUAUAUAUUCAUCUUAAUAAAGUGAUUUAAAGUCCUCGAUUCAUCGACAAAAUCGCUUUUUUUUCUCCCGAAAUGUAGGCCAUGGUCCAGUUUUUAUCUUAACGGGUCGUGAACGCAAAUUUUCGAAAAGGUUUUAAAGAGAUGUAUCUUGGAAUUUUCCAACGUGUAUUUGUUUCUGUCGUCCUAAAAAAUAAGUUAAAUUAAAGUUUCGAGUUAAUUGAUUGUUUAACUUAUUGGAUUUUGAACAACUGGACCAUAGAAGUUGUUUUUUUUAUUUUUCAUUUUUCUAAAGAAUGACUAUUAUCAUGAUAACACAAUUCAUGUCGUUAAUGUUUCCCCUAACCCCUCACUCCUAUAACCUAGUCUUGGCAGAAGUGCCUUAGUGAGAUCAUAUUCUGCUGUAUGUACUGCAAACUGAAUCAAAACCGUUAAGGAGAUACGUUACUUUACGAUUUACAUUUAGUAUUUGUGUCCUAAUCAUCCUCUUUCAUUUUUAAUAAUGCGUAAUUAGUUUCAGAUAUUUAGCCAUUUAUCAAAGUUUAUAUUACCAUUUAGAUAGACAUUUCUUUUAGUUUUGUCAAAGUAGAACUCUUUUGCUGGAAAGUUUUACACGUAUAUUGCAAUUUGUUACAUACUAUAUCCUUAAAUGUCAUUUUAUUAUUUUAUUAUUAUACUUAUUUUAUAGGUAAAGGUUGUUGUAUGUUACGACGUCAACAUACGUAGACAUGUGUUUAACAAACAAACCUAUUGUGUUAAAGUCGUGCAGGUGUGCAAGUGAAGUAUUUGUGAGAGUAUGUAAGACAGUAUGUCGUAAACAUGUGUUGUGACAGGUGGGGUGUCGUAAAAUUGUUGUGUGACAGACGGUAUGUCGUAAACAUUUGUUGUGACAGAGGGUAUGUCGUAAACAUAUGUUGUGACAGACGGGAUGUCUUUAAAUUUAAAGUGAUAUAGGGAAUGUUUUUAAAAUGUGGUGUGGCAGUCGGCAUGUCGUAACAAUAUAUAUAUAAUUAUCGAUCGAUUUGCAUUUAAUUAAAUACAUUCCGGUGUGUAAUUUGACUACCAUUCAAAAAUGGCAAACUGUUGAACUAAGAGUUCACUAUAAAGAGUUACAUUGUACAUGUAUAUUUUAUAUUAAUUGCAAGUUGGACACAAUUUAAUGCUGAUAAUAAUCUUUUAAAACAUUUGGAAGAUCUAGAAAUGAAAAGUUCUUGCCAUAAGACAGGCUCAUACACAUAUAUCCGGUUUAUAUUUACUUGAUAUUAUUUGUUUUAAUCAUUUAAGAUAUUCAUGGAAUGUUGUAUAGAAAUUAUUGUGUGGAUGUACUCAUAAAAUAACAAACCAUUAUAUUAGGAAACGGUAUGUAGAUCAGUAUUAAUUGUUCAUGGUGAACUGUUUUAUAAAGUGGAUAUCUAAUUGUUUUCCAAGGAAUAAUAUGUAUGUCACGAGUAUGACAGAAUACCAAUAUUUUUCGAAACAAAAAUGAAAAAUAUCGAAAUAUUUGCCAGAGAAUAAUAGCAAUGACAGUCAACGGAAAACAAGGGGAAAGCCAUUACUUGUUUGGUAUACGGUACAUUUUAAGUAUACAUAUGAAGUAUUACAGAGUUAAAAUCAUUUUAAUGAGAUUCUAAAUGCACUUAUGCCAUUUGUUGCUAUCAUUUGGUAAUAUUUGUGUACACCAAUGUAAUCAACUGUGUACAUAUGUAAAUAUCUUAGUGAAUGUUUCGUGUACUAAACCAAAUACUCGCUCUACUAUCACUCCAUCCUAUCAGAAUGCACUAUGCUGUUCGUAGUAAAUACCUUAUGGAAUCGACAUAUUUCCUUGUGUGAAAUAUGUCACUGUUAUCAGAUAGAUAACAAUUCUAUGCUCAACUUUAAGAUUGCAAUGGAUGAAGGCAGUUUAAUAACAUAUGGCCGUUGUCGAAACUGUUUGUUGAAAUUAUUAUUGUUUUUGUUAGAAGAAUUUCACUUGAUCACAAGAUUUAUGUGUUUUCAUCCUUUUUUAGUCUAAGGAAAUAUUGUUGAACCCACAAAAAUAAUCUACAUUAAUUUGUGCUUUGAGCAAAUACCCUAACACAAGAAAGAGAUGCUGUGUUGUCCUGUAUCAUCUAGUCUUGACCAAUUACCACGAUAGGGCAAUGUGCGCCUAUCUCGGGAUAAACUGUAGUGUUUUAAAUGCCUGUCACCAUUACCAUUAGGGCAAGUUUAUAAACCUGAUGGAACCUUGCAAAACUUAAUAAUAUAAAAUAUUGUUUAAACUAACAUAAGGUAUAUUCAAAUGCAUAUGUACAUCUAGUGUCAUAAAAUAGUUUCCCUUUUGUGUCUAUUUUUGCGUUUAGUAUAAGCGAUGAAACAUAUAUCCUUUUUAGAUAAAUGGUGCCUUUAUUACCACAUUAAGCUCUCCGCCUAUCUCCUCAUACCACUAACAUAGGGGUUGUGUUUCGAAGGGUUUCGCUUUAUAACAGUAGCCUUAUCCGCUUGAAUAGUAUUAUCUCACUUGCUCUUGUAUAUUAUGAUUGUUCCAUAUUUUUUUAAUCAUGUUUUUACUGAUCAUUUAAUUGUAAAUUUGUUUGCUUGGAUUUUAUAUUUCCUUGUUUUCGUUUUAAUUUAAACGUAAAACCUGUCAUAUUCCGUUUGUCUUGCCAUUUCUGAUGUAGCCGUUUCACCAAUAUCAAACAUAUCUAUCACUUCAAAAAACAUUACAGUAAAACUCAAAAUAUGAAAAUAUGUUUUUUAAAGUUCCUUGAUAUAUCGUAAGGCUAACAAUGCCCUAUACAUUUGGUGAUUGGUGACGUCAUCAAUUGUCAAUAAAUAACUGUCUACUUGUUUUAUAUUCAUUACACACUAAUCAUUAACUGUUUUUGCCCAUAUAACUUCAAUUUUUAUUAAAAAUGUAUAUUAUCCUGAUAUAAACCCCACUUACUAGUAAGCCACUGCUCAAGAAUAUUUAAGUCUAAUUCAAGGUUUUAGUUUACGGAUCAUGAGCUUUACAUUGAAUUUUCAUUUACCUUACACCCACGAAAAAUAUCUGGUUAUUUUUUACACGACACUUUAAUAGAAACAUUCUCUGUUGUGUUAUAUUUGCUUCAUUGCCAACAUUGCGAAUUGAUGUACAGAAGAUACUUGUAUUUCUGAACAUUAUCUUUAGUUGGUAAACAUUUAACAGGUCGUGCUUUAUUAAUGUGCAUAGAAAACGAUAGGAGUAUCGGAAACAUUGAUAUGGUAUAUUUUCUUCGAUAAACUUAUAUGGUACAUUAGCUUAGAUAAAGAGACAUUGUAAAAUCGUACCGAACAUUGACAGGAUACAUUUGUUCCGUUCACCAUUGUUUAUUCCCUCAAAUACUGUAAUUGGCCAACUCGCUUAGAUAACGUAAAAAUACAUUCGUUUGGGCAUUUGUUUUUAGUUAGAAUCGCUUAGAUGAAUUAAUAUGGUAGCUUUAUUGUGUUAAUUAAUUGUCUGACAAAUCUUGAAGACAGAUGUCGACUUGAAAGGAUUUUAUGUUGUGACUGACACACAAAUUGAGAUAUAUAUACAGAUAUCAGAAUGUAUUAGUCACGGGUCUGUAAGGUGUCAUUCUGAUACAUAACGUUAAUGAUGUCAAUAUUGUAUAAAAGUACUGCUGAAAUGGUUUUUUACAGCUUUAACACAUUCAACUCGUGUAGAAUUGUUUACUAAGUCAUGCAUUUGCCUAGGUGUUUGUUAAACGAAACAGAUAAUAAAUAAAUAUACAAAAUCAAUUUGUUGAUUUUUUUUUUUUUAUG